AUGGCCAACAGCACAUCAACAUCAAUAUCAACAACCCGGACGGCGACAGCUUCAUCGUCCGCCGCCACACACUCAUUACCGUCUACCUCCUCCCCUAGCAAAUUUAACCCAGAAACCGGCUACCACGAUGGCGACAUCGCCUUCCUCGUCAUCUCCAUCGCCCUGGUCCUACUCAUGGUCCCCGGCGUCGGCUUCUUCUACUCCGGUCUCUCACGACGCAAAUCCGCUUUGUCAUUAAUCUUCAUAUCCAUCCUCGCAUGCGCCGUCACCAUAAUACAGUGGUUCAUCUGGGGGUUUUCCCUCUCCUUCUCUCGCGAUGUUGUAUCCUCCGGUUUUAUAGGCACCCUAUCCAACGCGUUUUUUAUUGGUGUUCUAGAGCAGCCCUUCGACGAGAACAGUGCUCACAAGAUCCCCGUUUUGCUGUUCGCUGUCUACCAGGGCUUGUUCAGCGCCAUCGCCGUCGUGCUAGCCGCUGGCGCCGCGGCCGAGAGAGGAAGAUUGCUCCCCUGCGUAGUGUUCAUGUUCGUCUGGGCCACUCUCGUUUAUGAUCCCGUCGCGUGCUGGACCUGGAACCCCCAUGCGAAUGGCGGCUGGGCUUAUGAAAUGGGCGUUCUGGAUUGGGCGGGCGGCACGCCCGUACAUGUCGUGGGUGGGUGCGCAUCGCUGGCGUACUCGAUGGUACUGGGCAAGAGAAAGGGACAUGGCACGCACGAGCUGAAUUAUAGGCCGCAUAAUGUGGCCAGUGUCGUCAUCGGGACUGUUUUUCUGUGGGUUGGAUGGUUCGGUUUCAACGCGGGGGCCGCACUGGCGCCGAAUUUGAAGGCCGUGGUAUCAGUAGCGACGACGAACCUGGCAGCUUGUGUGGGAGGAAUCACGUGGUGCAUGCUAGAUUGGAAACUAGAGAGGAAGUGGUCGGCUGUCGGGUUUUGCUCAGGGGUGGUGGCUGGGUUGAUUGCUAUUACGCCGGGGAGUGGACUCGUUCCUAUCUGGGCCGCCGUCCCGUUCGGCAUUCUUGGAGCCGGGUCAGCUAACUACGGCACCAAGAUCAAAUUCCUCUGUAACAUCGACGACGCCCUCGACACCUUCGCCGUCCACGCUGUUGCAGGCCUCGUCGGCAACAUCCUCACCGGCAUUUUCGGGUCCAAAGCUAUCGCUCACCUUGACGGCACCACGAACAUUCACGGCGGUUGGCUCGACCACAACUGGAAGCAGCUACUUUUCCAACUAGCAGGCUCUUUUGCCGGCGGAGUCUACUCCUUCAUCAUGACGGCUCUGAUAGUGGUGGUAUUGGACCUCAUCCCGGGUCUGAGCCUAAGGGUGUCGGAGGCAGCAGAGGUGCUGGGCAUUGAUGACUCCGAGAUCGGCGAGUUUGCCUAUGACUAUGUCGAACUGACGAGGGAGGUGGGUAUUGAUGGAGGAGCGGGAAGCACUAUGGAUGGCGUGGGUGAGACGGGGAGCAUGUUCUCCAAUGCGCAGCUGAGACAGCAGCAGCAGCAGCAGCAGGUUGGGAGAAGUGCGAGUCCGAUGAUUGCUUCAGCAGCUGGCGCGAGGGCGUUCCCGAGAGAGGAUACGAAGGAUUCGGCAAUUGUGUUUGGCAGUGGACAGCCUGCAUUUUAUGGGUAA